AUGCGUAUUGAGGAGUAUGAAGAAAAGUAUGAAAAAAUUUUCAACAAUGUCUCAACUGAAAAGAAUGAUAUGGAAGAUAUUAUUUUUCAUUGUCUAUCGAAGUUCCCUGAAGACAAUAAAACGAAGGAGAUGAUAAGAAAGUUUAGAGACAUAUUUUCAACUACACUUUUUUCUAGUCGAGAGAAAUCAGAAACUAUUAAGGAGAGAACUGAAGUCAAAUCAGAUAGAGAUGAAGAGCUUAAUAAAACAAACAUUUCUGAUUCUGAUGAUGAUAAAGAUGAAGGAAUGAAUACAAAGUUGGUUGCAUUUUUAGCUAUUAAACCAUUACAACAGAAGUUUCCAGAGAAUGAAGAAACACAAGAAGAAGAUCAAGAUAUGAAUGUUGAUGACCGAAUAAAUUUGGGUUUUGAGAAUAAUAUUGGCGAGGAAACGAUUAGACAUCCGCAUAAUCCAGAAAGAAAAAUAGAAUUUGAAGGCAUAAAUGUUGAUGACAAAAUAAAUUUGGCUUUAGUGGUGAAUAAUAUAGACGAGACUAUUGAAAAAAAGAAUUUAGAAGAUAAUGUUGAUAGCAAAAAUCUUGUUAAAGGUGGUGAAAUUAUUGGUGGGGAGAAUAUUAGGGAGGGGAAUAUUGUAGAGAAGGUGGUUGGAGACAACUUAGGUGAGAGCUCAAUAUUUACACCAAAACACAAUCCAAAAGGUAUAUCUGUUGAUUUUUCCCCUUGGUCUGAUUCAUUCAUAGAAAAAAUGGAUGAGGAUUUGCUUAGAAUAUUCUCAAACAGAAAUCCAGAUUCAAAUACAAUUCAAAAUCCAGUUGUCAGAUCUCCUGUUCCAAAAAAGCUAACAUUUGAAAAUUCAGAAUUUCCCUCCUUUGAUCUUCAAAUAACCCAACUAAUAAACAAUGCAGAAACUGGUGAUAAUUCUGAGGGUAAUGAUGAAGAUGGAGAAUUAGAAGGGAAUGAAGAGCAUAUUUUAGAUGAGAAAGGGAAAAAGGGUCAGAAUGUGAAUGAAAGAGGGAAAAGGAAGGUGACUAAUCCAGAUAUUUUUAGAUCACCUUUUGUGAAUAGGGUAAUUGACUUAAGUGAAAAAGUCAGUACUGAGCAAGAGAUAAUGGCGCAAAUCAUGUUUAGAUGCGUUGCAGACAAAGAUCCAAUGGAAAUGCUGUUUGAAACUGAGUCUGGAGACAUAAUGGAUAGGGUGCAUUUUGAGGGUAUGCGUCCAAAUCGUAAGAUACGUCCUUUCGUUAUUGAUUGUUGGGCUGCUGUUUUUAAUUUUGAAGAAGAAAACCUGAGAAACAAAAAAUCACCACCACGUGUCUUCUUCAACACUCAAAUUAUGACAGAAAAAUUACUGGAUUCUUCAAUACCUUUUGUUGAAAGAUCCCGACUUUUUGAUGAGGCUGUAAACAAUUACUUAUAUGACAUCAAAAGAAAAGUGGAUUUCAAUUCUAUUAAUCUGGUGUUUUUUCCAAUACACAACCGUGGUCAUUUUUAUUGUAUUCUUUUCAACCUUACAAAUCCAGAACAUAUAAUCAUUGACAACAUAAGAUACACCAAAAAAGUAGAAGAUGUCUAUGGAGAGAUUCCUAAACUUGUGCAAAUGUACUUUUCAAAGUUUUUGGACAACAAUCGGCGGGAUAAGGUUUCUUUGUUUAAAUCUAUGAAGCCAAAGAAAAUGAAAAUGGCAUGGCAAACAAAAACUAAGACAAAUGAUGAUGGUAUAUUUUUGAUGAGGCAUAUGGAAAAAUACAUGGGUGAGAAAGAAGAAAAAUGGGAUGUGGAACUGGGAGAAGAAAGUGUUAGGACAUCUAAAAAGAUUGCAAAGCUGCGUACAUUUUAUGUUUCUAAGCUAGCAAACCAUCAAAUCAACAAGCAGAGAAAAUUGAAUGUUACAGAAGCAUUGGAAUUUUCAAAACAUGAUAAGAAAACUAGGUGUAUGUUGGUGAAAGAAGGCAGUGAAGCAAGAGACAAUUUGGAAAUGAAGAACGUUUGA